CUUCGUCUCUGCACCUGGGUUCGUUGUGGCACUAGUUCGAAGUAUUUGGGGAGGCUCUUGAACUCUUUAUUAGCGUUGACUUCGACGGAGCGAACUCUAUCCAGUGAUGGCGUCGUCCAUGGUGAUCGGCAGAUUGGCCCCAUGGUAAUCUGGAAGGAUAGAUUUGUGCGGCUAAACCUACCACCCCGUCGUAGAAAACACGAGCGCGUUCUCAAUAGAAUGUUGAAUCGGAUGAUAGUGUAGCUUCAGCCCACAUGACCAAAACUCAACUGCUUUACUGGCGACAAGUGUCGAAACAAUCGGUAUAUAAACAUAAAUAAAGUUCGGCUUGUCUGUUUUCUUUUAGGGUCUUUUGAUAUUAAUAUUAAUGUUAAGAUUAUUUAAUUGAACUUACUACUUAAAUUAGUUCUAGUUUUUGUCAAAUAUAUGGGACAUUUGUUUGGGAAAUGUCAAUCGGAAGCAGAAAUCCAUACAAUGGGAGCACAGGAGAUUAUAGGGAUGUCUGUCCUCGUGAGUACAAUCGAGAGAGUGUCUAGUAGCAGAUCAAGUUCUCAAGUUUUGAGUGACCCUUGGACUGCUGCCUCGAAUGGGCCCGUUACCAUCCAGAAUGGCGAUGCUGUUUCCGAAGAGACUUUCCACGGUAAAAGCUCUCCAUGUGAGAGAAGGUCUACAACUACAUCGCAUUCAAAAUGUCACAGUGAAGAAGUGUUACAGGAGAAGUCUGCUGACAUCGAGAACAAAGACGCACCAUCAGAUAUCACUGGUGCUCCAUCGGUUAUCAAUGAUGAGAAAUCAUUUGUACACGACUCUGCCAGUAGUUCUGCUGACACAAAGGAGGUGUCCCCGAAAGAGAAUGGCACUUCUAAAUUUGCUGAAUUGCCAAAAGAAAUGGCUGAAGCGAUUUUCAGUCACCUUCCUCUCCGUGACGUGGCUAUCAUGCGGUGUGUUAACAAAAGUUGCAAGCUUAUACUUGGUCGCCCGACGUUUCCUGAGGAGCGAAAGAAAGUUCGUGGGAAGGAUACUGAGGGCAACUUCAGUCCCCACAUCUUCAGCACAGACGAUAAAGGCGACUUGCAUUGGUAUAGUUUUGACUCCAAACAGAGAAAAUUUGAUCAAGUCCCAUCACUCAACUUUCAAAAGGAUAUCUUGCCAUCGCCGGAUCCGGAGCUCUUCAAAGACCAUCUAAUGGCACACGCAGAAGGUCUCAUUUGCAUUAACACAGGCAAAUCUCCCGGUCCCGAGAGACUGGUGGUAUGCAAUCCGGUCACUCAGGAGGCUAAAGUCCUUCCACCAUUGGGACACCCACGGCAACCAGUUCUGAUACACAUGAGAACGGACGGUGAGGACCAUUACAAAGUCGUAGUCGCUGGGAGUGCUACAGCUGGGACAGGAGACCUGUCGCUCAUUACCGAGGAGUAUUCAUCCAGAACGAGUCUUUGGACCCGUUCGGAGCAUUCUGAUUUACCCUGUCCCCAGUUCGGGCUCAAUGAGUAUCAAAACGCUGCCUAUUACCGAUACAGAAAUAAAGAAUAUCUCUUAUGCGUAGUUAUCCUCUCCACAGGGGCAAGGGGAAUACUAUUUUAUGAUUUGGAGAUUCAGAGGUGGAUCCAAGAUGAUAACAUGAAGCCCCAAAUACCUGUCAUUGUAAGGGAUGAAACAACUGUUGCACACCUUGCCACAACCCAAAUUCUAAACUGCGGCCAUAACGUGUUCGUAUACAGCGAGCAAGAACUUGGAAAAGACGUGUUUAUUUGCAUUCAUAAAUUAUUUCUUACUCCUUCUGGUGCGACGUGGAGAGAAAUCGUGCAACGCAAGAGGCCCAGUGGACGGGGACUGCUGGUGUACCCCGAGUACAUUUGCGCCCCAAUCAGCAACUACGAGCUGUGUGUGUUCAACACGAUUGAGCACAGUAUGGAGAUAAUUGAUGUAAACAAUCCGUCAGAAAUUGUUCCUUUUGGGACAAAACCACGAUUUAUUGGAAAUCCAUUCCAUACCUUGAAUCCCAUAGGAUUCAUGUUUCAGCCCACUUUCCAACGUAAAGUCUGUCCAGGAAGUAACACAUGUUCUGCAUUGUGCAGCGAAUGUAGGGUGAAGAAAACCGACAACACUGUGAGAGCUCCGCUAUGAUUCACACAAUUCGCAUAACUAUUGGAUGUUGCAGUUACGUCCACACAUUGCAAAGUUCGUGCGAAAGAAUGUUAAAGAAAUGCAAAGGGGAACGUCAACCGCCCGAUACACUGUACUUUUUUUCGUUUUGAGAUCAUGUUUUAUUCCCACUCUAGUUUACUCUAGUUUAUUAUGUUUUAUUUAAAGGUGGACCAAGUACCCACGUGUGGCCAUGUUUUCUAUAAAAUCAAAGGUGUCUGCACAGAAGUUGAGUGCACAUAACAACUGCGUGGAAGCAUCAUUCUCAAAUUUUUCAGCAAAUCAAUCCAACAGCAGCACACGUAUUCCGGGAUAUGCUGGCGUGAAACCUGAA